CAAUGCGUCGAGCUCUCCGCGGCUAAUCGUCGCGUUGAAGCCGCGCGAUCGAAACGCGGUGCCAGGGAAGUGCAGUGCAAGCGUUCUUAGGACACCCCAUCCAUCGUCACAUUAAAUGAACGCUCUGUCAUGCCGCAAUCCAGGGCAACUCUACCAGGAGUCGACAAGGCAUCCGUCUUGCAGUCGGUGCGGACAGUCAUUCAUUGACCUGACUGCAUUGAGUCAACACAUAGCUUCGGCUCAUCUGCUAAAAAAGAAUGCGGCAGGUACAAAGACAGCAGUUCAGGCUCCGGCUCCGGCUCCAACUCGAGUAGUGACACCCGUCGCUACUCAGUCAGUCAAGGCCACACCGCCUCAGGCAACUGCAUCCGGCUCUGCGCCGGAAGCGUCGACAUCGACCUUCGUACAGAAGCAGAAAGCAGUUCAAGCCGCCGAAUGCGUGCUCUGCAAGAAGGCCACUUGGGACCUUCAAGCGCAUUAUGAUUAUUCUGAUCAGCAUCCAAAGUGCGAUGCGUGCCAGAAAGGAUUCGCAACCGCCUCGGGCCUGCAGUUGCACAAUGCGGCUGUGCACACCCCUGAGCAAGCGCCUGCUAUCCAAUGUAUACCAUGCAAGAAGUCGUUCUUGGCCACUGAGCACAUGAAGGACCACUAUAGGGACUCUCCUAACCACCCGAACUGCAGUUCGUGCAAUAUUGGGUUCCCAGACGACACGACCUUCCAGCGUCACAUGGCAGAUGUCCACCCGGCGCCCGCGCAGGUCGCUUCUCCGGUGUCCAGUGAAGAAUCCUACGUCGAAGUGGAACGACACAAGACACCCCCGCAAGAUUUCCUCGAGACACGGUCGCUCCCAGCGACCCCGCUCGUCUGUCCGACGCCGGGUUCGGUUUCCUCGGCGCGGAGUAGCGCGCUCUCGCUGAAGACCCAAAGCGAUGCCACUUCAUCACAUACUCCUUUAGGCGCGCCUCAGAGCCCAGCCUUCCGUCCGCGUUUAUGGCUGGCGAUGGCGCCUCAGCGCCGUGGUCUGACUAUCCAAUCGACACGCCUCAGUCACCCGUUCACACCCACUACGACUACAUGAGCGAGGCCGGCGAGACGCAUGAUCCUCCACAGAGCGCAGCGACCAUACCAUCGGCGGUCCUCGAGCUGACGGACGCUUCGAGCUUGGCCGA